GGCAGUGGGACUGGCUUUUUUCUUCACUCUGCCUGCAUUCACAAACGGAUAUGAUAAACCAGCGCUGAAUGCAGUCAGCUCAGCUCUGACAAUGGCGGAAGAGGACGACGCGAGAAUUCGGAUUUUACAGAGUCUGCGGGGUAAAAUAUGUGAAGCAAAGAACCUGGGUCCAGUCUCAGGUCCGAAUCGACAAAGGGAUCUCUGCACCUUUUGCACCAUAAGUCUGGAUCAGGAGGAGGUGUUUCGCACAAAAGUGUUUGACAAGAGCGUCAGCCCUUUCUAUGGAGAGGACUUCUACUUUGAGAUCCCACGCCCUUUUCAGUGUUUAUCCUUCUACGUUUACGCCAAGAGCGUUUUCCAACGAGACCUCCCCGUCGGCAAGGUGUCAAUACGAAAGGAUGACCUGUGUAAUUACAGUGGAAAAGAGCACUGGUUAAGCCUUCAUCCAGUAGAUCCUAACUCAGAAGUCCAGGGGAAGGUUCAUUUGGAGAUGCGAUUGAAUGAAGUGAUCACAGAAAACGGCUCAGUGGGACAACACUUACUGGUCCGGAUAAUCGAGUGCCAGGGACUGCCUUUGAUCAGUGGACAGAACUGUGACCCAUAUGCCACUGUGUCACUCGUUGGACCUGCCAGGUCGGACCAGAAGAAGACAAAGGUAAAGAAGAAAACCAGCAACCCUCAUUUUGAAGAGACUUUCUUCUUUGAGGUCACACGGUCCAGCAGCUACUCUAAAAAGUCUCAUUUCCAAGUGGAGGAAGAGGACAUCGAGAAACUUGAGAUCAAAGUGGAUUUAUGGAACAAUGAGAAUCUGGCUCAGGAUGUGUUUCUGGGAGAGACACGGGUCCACGUCAAGAUCCUGCGAAACGACCACAUCCACAAAGCCUGGUAUCUCCUCCAGCCCAAAGGGAAUGGCAGCAAGUCCAAGUCUGAUGAUUUGGGAUCCUUGCGUUUGAAGCUGACCUACAUAGAAGACACAGUGCUGCCAUCUGCCUGCUACACACCACUCUGCAACCUGCUGCUCAAAUCCCCAGAUGUGAAGCCUAUCUCAGCAUCAGCAGCACACAUCUUGGGGGACAUCAACAGAGAGCGAUACGAGGCUGUUCUGCCCAUGGUUCGACUGCUGCUUCACCACAAUCGCUUUGUGCCUUUUGUCUCUGCUGUGGCAGCGCUGGAGCUGGACAACACUCAGGAGGCUAACACUAUAUUCCGUGGCAACUCACUGGCGACACGCUGCAUUGACGACAUGAUGAAGAUUGUGGGAAAGAAUUACCUGGCGGUUACACUCAAGCCUGUAAUAGAUGAGAUUUGUGAAUCCAACAAGACAUGUGAGAUAGACCCUAUUAAACUAAAGGAAGGGGACAACGUGGAGGUCAACAAGGAGAACCUUCAGGGUUAUGUGCAGAAAGUGUUUUCCUCCAUCACCCAGUCCAGCUCCAGCUGUCCCCCACUUAUGUGUGAUGUCUUCAGGUCACUGAGACACUUGGCCUGUAAACGUUUCCCAGCUGACCCACAUGUUCAAUACUCAGCUGUUAGCAGCUUUGUGUUCCUGCGGUUGUUUGCUGUCGCUGUCCUUACUCCACAUUCGUUCCAGCUCCGUCCCCACCAUCCCGAUCCUGACAUAUCCCGAACACUCACGCUCAUCUCAAAAACAAUCCAGACUCUGGGCAGCUGGGGUAGUUUGUCCAAAAAACUGUCAAGUUUCAAAGAAAGCUACAUGUAUGACUUUUUCAAAUCAUUCCAAGAAGACAAGUGCAUUGAGAAAGUUAAAAAGUUUCUCGAUGAGAUCUCCUCCAACGUCAGCAAGGAGUCCAGCCGGCUGGAGGACGCUGUGGUUCUAAAGGAGGGGGAAGUACAGAAACGUGCCCAGGGGAGGAAACGCCUUGGAAAGAAAAACUUUAAGAAGAGGUGGCUCCGAGUGACCAACAGGGAGCUCUCCUACCACAAACACAAAGGGAAAGAUGCCCUCUGCACCAUCAAUGUCAAGAAUAUCCAGGCGGUGGAGAAACUGGAUGAAAGUGCCUUUAACCGCAAAAAUAUGUUUCAGGUGGUCCACUCUGAGAAGCCUCUGUAUGUACAAGCAGGAAACUGUGUGGAGGCCAGUGAGUGGUUGGAGGUCCUGGGCCAGGUCAGCCGCUGCAACGAGGGACGCCUGGCCACCUUCCACCCAUCAAACUACAGCAGCGGAGCCUGGCAGUGCUGCAAAAACCAGAGUAACAAUGCAGCAGGCUGUAAGCCCUGCACAACCACCGUGCUGGCCAACCUGCAGCUGGACAUCGACUGUGACCGGGAAACUGAGAGAGUUUUCUCCCUCCUUUCGUCAAAUGAUACCAAACUACAGAACAUGGAGGAUGCAUGUGCCAGCAUGGCAGUGUACCAGGGCCCUCAGCGGGAUCAGGAUGACUACUCCAAGUUCACUAUUCAGGAACCCAAAGAAACCUUUCAGACACUCAAACAGCUCCGAAACGUCAUGGAGGAACUUCAGAGGCAGCAUAUCAUCAGAAGUGACACAACAGCGAAAUACGGGAGUCUGGACAAUCCCAUUGUAGGGAAAACCUCCUAACCAGGACAGGAAGGUGUGGCCUGAAUUGGAGAUACCAGAAGCUGACCUAAAGGAGCCCUGGGCCAACCAGCUGGAACACCCAAUAGGUGCCCCAAUCAAAAAACAAACAAUACACCCUGACCUCCAGACAUCACCAGUCCACUACAGCAGUGACGGCCUAAAAACAGGGCUUGUGAUCUUAUCUAGUGUCGCUGUUCGUGAAGAAACUCUUGGUAUUUGUUGUUUUCUUUGCCCCCCCCCCCUCCCUUUUGUAUAAAGACACUCUUUCCUUGUCCUAACUUAUGUCCUCCUUAUGUCUCCAGCUGUGUUAUGAAGGCAUCAUUAGAUGGUGUGUGAAUAGGCUGCUAUUGUUUUUAAUUCACCCAGUUUUAUAUCGACAGCUGUGAUGACGCUCUCCCAAAUCUCUCUCUAACGGCUUUUUUGCUCCGAUGUCUGUCCUUCAAGUUGAUUAAUAAUAAUCAUCAUCUCUCUAGAGGAUCGCCCUCCACUUGUGCCCCUUUUAUCUCUCUCUACUAUUGAAGUGUCCCCCCUCUUCUGAACAAAAAUGUAGAUAUAUUUUCAGGGGACACUUGAGUAGAUAAAAACCAAUCUGCCUUACUUUGAUGGAUGUUUCUUUCACAUGAAAUGCUGAGGGAAUAAUGCAGAAGCACUUUAAAUAUUUGGAACACUCCAAAUAGAAAUGAAUAGAUACGUGGUAUCAGCUUUCCCCAUUUCGAUCAGUUACAUGAUCGUAAGUACAUGUUUUGUUCAGAUCCUGUACAAUAACAUUUAUAGCCUGUAGAUUUUAAGAUAUUUUUCUCAACCAAAGACAUUUUCAUAGAUAUGACUUGAAAAAAAUACAUGUAUUUUGAAUACAAGUGUUUUAAAAAUGGAGACAAAUGAUAUAUAUAUUUGGUUUCUGUUGAUGUUUUUGCUAACAUAUCCUUUAAUUUUUAGUGACUUAAGGCAAGCAGACUGCAUGUGUCAGGUUUGGAGUCCUGAUAGCACAUGAUUGUGGUGUGGAGUCGUAUUUCCCUUUGAUUGUGAAUCGUAUGGUACGGUGUACUUCUGAUCUGUGCUGUUAUGUUGAGAGCAUCACAACAUAUCUAUAGUGGCUUUUGUAAAAAAAAAAAAAAAAAAAAAUGAUGAUGAAGGGAACGUUGACAGGAAUCAAUUUGAAUAACAAAUGAACACCUCCUCAUCUCUGAUUUAGUCCAGACAAUCACGGCCCCCGACAAACACAGUAUGUCCCUUUUGUUUUGCUUUUAUUAUGAAACCAGCAGCACUCAGCAGCUCAAGCUGUUGUACUUUAUGGUUUUAAAGAAUCAGUUUCAUAUGGGGCAGUGAGUUUAAAAGAUAUAUAUUUUUUAACGUUUCCACGGAUGCAGCUCUCCACUGCCAGCACUGUCAGGAAAGUCUGUAUUUAAAAUUAACAAUAAAAGAAUCACUCAUUAUGCCCCGCUCUUAAAGAAACACAUGAUCCCUACACUCAGAUCUGACAAAAGCUGAUCAGCUCUGGAACACAAAAGACUUUAUAACAUGUCCAUACCUCAUGUCUUUAAUUAGUUUUCAAAAGAAAAUUCUCUUUUUUCCAGUUUAUGGAGUUCCAACCAGCAAAUUCAGAUCAUUUGUCAGUUAGUUGAUUUUAAGAUAAAUCAGUAGACUGUAUUUUUUUAUUAUGCUCUAAAGGAAUCCAAUUACCAAUCAGAUGUAGGUUCAGUCUCCUUUUAUGUUCCCUUACCCCCCCCCCUCCCCCCCCAUCUGAACAAUGAAGUGUUGCAAAGACUCAAAAGAAACUUGAAUUUAAUUUAAAAGCAAACGUUGAACUUGUGAUGCUAAUAAUGUGCAGGGUUAACCGUGUAUUCUCCUUUGCUUGUGGAAAUAAGUUGUUUUCAGAAGUUUUGUUCUUGGUCCAUCUCUAUUUCUAACAUGCAUGUCCUGUUUAUUUAACUAAAUGUUUUUCGAGGAAACCCAUUUUUGUAUCUUUUUUUUUUUUUUUAACACUGUUUUAAUGUGUUGCUAUACUGGUACGGUACUUUGUUGAUUUUUUGGUUUCUGGCUGCUUGUGUUUUUUGUCCCCUAGUGGUUUCCUCUUUUGUACAUGGUUGUAGCUGCUGCCAAAUCGCCACUUGUUGAAAUCUGAAAACGCUGUGUCACAGACAUGAAUAUUUUGUGUGAUGAGCUGCGGCUGGCACAUGUCCACUUGCACAUGCAGUGAAUGAACUGUCCAAUCAGAGCCAAAUACAAACUGUAAAAUGUUGAUUCACAGGCGAGCAUUAUUCAAGGAACUUUGUUAACGCUUGUCAAAAGUUAUCUGUUGGACUGGGUUGAUAACUAAAUUACUCUGGACCAAGUUUCAACAAUACACCGAUGUAAUUCUUAAGGGAUCACAGCGUGCAGUUAUUGUUUAAUAUACACUGUCAGCUUGCAUGUCAACUCCAUUGCUAGAUUUAAAAAGGGCCAGUACACUUGUGGUUGAUUUCAUUUUUUUAGUGUGCACAUUUUUGUAAGAAAGUUUUUUAUUUUUUUUUAUUUUGGUUCACUUGUCAAUAAAUUGAGGUUUUCUCUAUUUGUUAUAAGGGAAUUUUCCAUUUGCUUUCCCAUGACUGCACUAAAACAAAAACAUCUCUGGGCAGGAUGUGGAUGAGGCGCAUGUGGAAAGUGUAUCAGUUGUCAUGCUAUUUACGACAGCAGUCUGCUUCACUAUGAAUAAUGGACUGUGGCCAGUUUCCAAUCAUAAUUUUACUAAACCUAAAGGUACAUGUUGCUUUGAAAUUUGAGAUGAACAACAAUCAUGGUAGUACACAAGAUACCUGAUGUGUGUUUCCUGAGCACAUCAAAUAAAAGACGGAAAUAAGAAAAUUGCAUUUUGAUGCAGGAGGGAAAAAAGUUGAUUUCCAGAGUCUGUAACCCAACAUUCAAAGAACCAUAAGCUUCUGUAAAUUAAUUUGAGGUACACUAUAUUGCAAAACAAUCUUUUUUUUUCUUGCUGCCAAUCAUCUUCAAUCUGUUCUGUAAGAGUUUUAGGACAGAGCAUGAGGACUUUAAACAGUCUGUUUGUACUUCAUUGGAUGUUAAAUGCAGACGGUGCAUGGUAACGACACAUCUUCAAUUCAACUCUUCUGAAUGUCUCUACUGCUCGAGUACAAUGUCUGUUUUUUAUAUACAUUAAAUAUUUUAUUUUUCAUACAUGGUCUUUUUUGUGUCCAUCAGAAACAUUCUACAAUAAACUCUUAAACAGUG